AUGGGCGUUAUAAAAUAUACAAUUUACAGCGGCAGCGGCGAUUAUCCAGCUCAAAAUGACGAGGUGAAGGCGGCAUACUUAUGCUACCUUAAAGGUAACAAUAACCAGGAGGGUUAUCGGGAAGAAAAGCAGGUCAUCAUGAAGGGGGACCCGGGCUGUUACAAAUUCCGAAUUGGGGAAGGACAAGUGAUUUCUGGUAGCAUCACCUCGGGCAUUAGAUCUGUUGCAGCGCUGAGUUAUUUUCUACUAGGGUUUGAAGAGGGGGUCUCUCAUAUGAGACCCAAUGAGCUGAGCUUCCUCGACGUCACCAGUGACCGCGCAUGCGGUGAUAUGGGAUUUCCCGGGUCAAUACCGCCAAACUCGGAUAUGCUUUUCCUUGUCCGCAUAGAGAGCAUCACUCGGCCCGAUUCCGAGAGGAUAUAUGGCUGCACUUUCAAAGAUUGCAUUCGCUUGUUUGGUAAUUAUAACGCCUGGGUCGAGCACGAAAGGAAACAACACUGCACACGUGAGAUCUGGCGGUGCGCCGUGGCCAAUCAGAAUGGGGAGGAAUGUGCCAAGCUGUUUGAACGUGCCCAAACAUUCAGGCAACAUCUAAAGGGUGAUCACGGGUGUGCACCGGAACCGGAGGAAGACUAUGUCAGUGACUGCUAUAUAGGAGGUGAUUAUCAGGGUCGAUUUUGGUGUGGUUUCUGCAGAAAGACCUGCCCCGUGGCGGAAGAGGGGUUUGAAGCAAUGGAAAAGAGACACGAGCAUGUCGGCGGCCACUUCAAGGAUGGGCAGAGUAUCACUGAGUGGGUGGAUGCUGGAGGUCGCGAGCCAAACUGGUCCAGCACCCCUGAUAGAGUACUCGAAGUCGUCGGCCUUCCCACGCCUGAGUGUGUGAUUCUCCAAAAUGGGUUGAUUUCUAGGGCCCGAGCCAUUAGCCACACCUCUUUGUGUCACCACUACACUGAGUAG